AGCGCGCCAGGUAUGGCGGCGCCGGCGCCUUCGUGGAGCCGGCUGGACCGACGGCAAGAGCGCGACGUGCGCGAGCUCGUCCGCCUUGUGGCGGGCGUCCAGGACGAGGCGGACCCCAACUUCCAGCUUGCCCUGCACUUCGCCUGGUCCAACUUCAGAUUUCAUCGUUUCUUAGAUGUCAACAGCCACAAAGUAGAAAAGACAAUAGAAGGAAUUUAUGAAAAAUUCAUCAUUCAUUCUGAUCUCAGCAAAGCUGCUAGUUGGAAGAGAUUAACUGAGGAAUUUCUAAAUGCAUCACUUCCAAGCUUAAAGGAGAUCAAGACAGAUACGCAUUAUUCCAUAUUGUCACUUCUUCUGUGUCUAUCUGAUUCUCCUUCAAACAGCGAUUAUGUGGAAACACCAAGAGAUAAAGAAGUGGAAAAGAAAGAUGAUUUCGAUUGGGGAAAAUACUUGAUGGAAGGUGAAGAAAUUGACCUUGGCCCAAAUGUAGACACACCAAAUUGGUCUGAAGAAAGUGAAGACGAAGAAGAUCAGCAGCCUUUAAGCAGAGAGGACUCUGGGAUUCAGGUGGACAGGACACCCUUAGAAGAGCAAGAUCAAAACAAAAAACCAGGGCCUCGAGUCAGCUGGAAAGAUGAGCCAGAUGCCCGAAGCUGGCUGGAACAACAUGUGGUCCGUCAGUACUGGACAGUCAGGUCCUCGAGGUUUCCUCAUAGUUUACAUUUGCACUCCAAUCUAGCUGCUCUCUGGGACCAACACUUGUACAGCAGUGACCCAUUAUAUGUUCCAGAGGACAGAGUUUUUGUUACCGAAACACAGGUUAUUCGGGAAACCCUUUGGUUACUUUCAGGGGUAAAAAAGCUCUUUAUUUUUCAGUUGAUAGAUGGAAAGGUAACUGUGAGAAACAAUAUUAUAGUAACUCACUUGACACAUAGCUGUUUACGGUCAGUGCUAGAACAAAUAGCAGCAUAUGGCCAGGUUGUGUUUCGACUCCAGGAGUUCAUUGAUGAAGUCAUGGGGCAUAGCUCUGAAAACAUGUUACCUGGAAAUGGUUCUGUUCCUAAGAAGUCGACAGAAGCGCCUUUUAGGACGUACCAGGCUUUCAUGUGGGCCCUGUACAAGUACUUCAUUAGUUUCAAAGAGGAACUUACAGAAAUUGAGAAGUGCAUCAUCAAUAAUGAUACUACAGUAACUCUUGCAAUUGUGGUGGACAAGUUGUCACCUCGACUGGCUCAGCUCAAGGUUCUGCACAAAGUGUUUAGUACUGGAGUAGCAGAAGUUCCACCUGACACUCGAAAUGUCGUUCGAGCGUCUCACCUGCUCAACACACUAUACAAAGCCAUCCUUGAAUAUGACAAUGUUGGAGAAGCCUCUGAGCAAACUGUGUCCUUGCUGUUCUCCCUCUGGGUGGAGACCGUGCGGCCCUACCUACAGAUAGUGGACGAGUGGAUCGUGCACGGGCACCUGUGCGACGGUGCCCGGGAGUUCAUCAUCCAGAGAAACAAGAAUGUUCCAGUAAAUCACAGAGACUUUUGGUAUGCAACUUACACGCUGUACAGUGUAUCGGAAAAGACAGAAAAUGAAGAAAAAAUGAGUGACAAUGCUAGUGCAAGUUCUGGCAGUGAUCAGGGGCCCUCCAGCAGGCAGCACACCAUGGUAUCCUUCCUGAAACCUGUCCUCAAGCAGAUCAUAAUGGCUGGCAAGUCGAUGCAGCUGCUGAAGAACCUGCAGUGUGUGGAGAGCACCACAUGCCAGGCCGCGGCCAGAGAUGCAGAAAGAAAAAGUCUGUAUACCCUCUUUCUGGAGUCCGUACAGUCUCGUCUUCGGCACGGAGAAGACUCCACUGCACAGGCCCUCACUGAACAGCAGGCUACCAGAGAGACCCUCAUUAAGAUGCAGUCCAUUGCUGAGAGACAUCUUGAGCUGGAUGACGUUCAUGAUCCGCUGCUGGCCAUUAAUUUUGCAAGGUUAUAUUUGGAACAGAGUGACUUUCACGAGAAGUUUGCUGGUGGAGACAUAUGUGUGGAUAGAUCAUCAGAAUCCGUGACUUGCCAGACAUUUGAACUAACACUGAGAUCUUGCCUCUAUCCUCAUAUUGACAAGCAGUAUCUAGAUUGCUGUGGAAACCUCAUGCGAACCCUAAAAAAAGAUUACAGGUUGGUUGAGUACUUACAGGCCAUGAGGAAUUUCUUCUUAAUGGAAGGGGGAGAUACCAUGUAUGACUUCUACACAUCAAUUUUUGAUAAAAUAAGAGAAAAGGAAACCUGGCAGAAUGUGUCUUUUCUUAAUGUCCAGCUCCAAGAAGCAGUAGGACAACGUUAUCCUGAAGACAGUUCGCGUCUAUCUAUAUCUUUUGAAAAUGUUGACACAGCUAAGAAGAAACUCCCUGUUCAUAUCUUAGAUGGUCUGACCCUGAGCUAUAAGGUCCCAUGGCCUGUGGACAUUGUUAUAAGUUUGGAAUGUCAAAAAAUUUAUAAUCAGGUGUUUCUUCUCUUAUUGCAAAUAAAAUGGGCAAAAUAUAGUCUGGAUGUUUUACUAUUUGGUGAACUAGCCAGUCCUGCUGAAAAAACACAACUUAAAGAAGGACUUUUAGGUGGACAAGACACAGCUGCUAAUUUUGGACCACAGAAGGAGCCAGCAAGACAGCAGAUUCAUCGUAUGUUCCUCUUAAGAGUGAAGCUCAUGCACUUUGUGAACAGCUUGCACAACUACAUCAUGACCAGGAUUCUUCACAGUACAGGGCUGGAGUUUCAGCAUCAAGUCAAAGAAGCCAAGGAUUUGGAUCAGCUGAUUAAAAUUCACUAUAGAUACUUGUCAACCAUCCAUGACCGAUGUCUACUGAGAGAAAAGGUCAGCUUUGUGAAGGAAGCCAUCAUGAAGGUGUUGAACUUGGCCCUCAUGUUUGCAGAUGGUUGGCAGGCUGGCCUGGGGGCGUGGCAAAUGGAAUCUAUAGAGAAAAUGGAGUCUGAUUUUAAGAACUGCCAUAUGUUUCUUGUAACCGUUUUAAACAAAGCUGUCUGUAGAGGAUCUUUUCCCCAUCGUGAGUAUUAUGUUAAAAUAUUACUGCUUUUAUAUUUUCUGGUAACUAAGUCUACCUGUUAUUGUUUUGGUACUGAUCUCAUGAAGAAUUAGAAUUUUUCACCACUUCACACCUGGAAAGUCCCUCAGCAGUUGAAUUGUUUUUCCCAAAUCACAGUGGGGUGAGUGAAUCAGAUGUAGAACAUUGAGAUUAAAGAUUUUGCUCUCUAGUGUAUCAUAUGUUAGACCAGUGGAUUUCUAAAACCAUUGUUAAGUAGAGCAGAUGGCAGAAUAGGUUUCAGUCACACUUCACUACCAUAUGUAGCCUUUGUAACCAUUCCUUUUCAAAAGAUAGGGUUCGGGGGCGGGGGUUGGGUUUUUUAGCAAUUUAUUCCCAAGGCUGCCUCUUACACAAGGAAAUGCAGGCCUGACGGUUUCGUACCCAGACAGUGUGUGAAGCAGACAGAAGUCUGUGGGGUGUGUCACGGUGAGAAGAGAGUUGUUUAAUCUACAGGCACAAAGGACUAAGUCGUAUCCCUUGCAUAGCUUUUUUGGGAAAAGUAUACAGGGCUAAUUUUUCCCCUUUCUGUAUAUUCAAAGUGUGAUAUGCUCAUCAAGAGUAGCUGAACAUUUUUAAAAAUACUGUUACAGUAACAAUGAGAGAACACUGAAUAAACAAACAAAAACAUAUCAAAAAGUUGUGAAUGCAAAGAAAGUCUAAAUAAGUUCUGGGAUGAGAUAAGCCCUUCAGUGCUGACCUUCUGCACCCACAGUACGGGUAGGUAGGGCAGUGACUGGACAGAGGCUCACAGAUUUCGCCAGGACAGAGAAACCAGUUGUUGGUGUGGCAGACUGGAAUCGAGGCACCCCAUGGAGAGCCAGGCCUCCCCACCCCCAGCCCUCCCCGAGGACCCUGUGUAGUAGGGUCGGAGCUAAUCUGACAGUGCUUAGAUCCCUGUGUUCCUGUGUCAGGUGACUCUUCUACAGUGAGUCUUCCACAAUUCAUUUAUUAUGCAAGUAUUUAAAAAUAAAUUAAUGUUGCAAGCCCCUACUGCCACCUCUCAGCCUCCCCCAUGUUUACCCUUGGCCAAAAAAACAAUACUGUAUUAGAACUGUAUUAGAGGAAACAUUGAUGCAUUUGUCCAUUUUUGCACUGAGCAUGGCGUUUUGUUAUGAGUUGAGUCCAGAUUUUAUGACAUUUUGAAAAAUGUGAUUUGUUCAGUGUAAUACCCAGAUUUUUCUUUGUUUUCAAAACUGAAAUGACCUGAAAUAGAAAUAAAUCAUUCUUUUUCAGUUUAUAUUUAAUAAAUGAAGAUCAUCAUCUUUAUUAUAUGUUAAAAAUAAUCAGUAUUUUAAUUAAAAAUAGAAAAUGUCUUUAAGUACUUUUUAAGACAUUUAUUAAAGCCUGUUUAGCCAUUUUCAAACAUUUAAACCUAUUUUGUUAACCUAUUU